GGAAGCACUUUACCUUGCAGUGUCGAAUUAUUCACAAUUUAAACAAGAUGUCGCGCUGAAAAAGCUUAGUGUUACGAGGGACGUUCCUCCUGUUAAAACCGUGAACUGACUCCCAGCUGGAUUGAACGAUGAGCUGAGGAGUCUGAUGCUGUUUGACCUCUCCUCAGUGUUUCAUCUCUGAGACGCCUCCUGAUUAGCUUAGCUUGUUAGUUAGCAUAGCUUGCUAGCUUGAGAUAAACGGAGGCGGGGGGCGUAACUUAGCAACGUAGCUGCUUGUCAGACAGACUGAGAUCAAACUGGUGUUGGUGUGAAUGUGUGAACAAUGUCUAAGGUCCAAAUGCUAAGAGCAUUAGUCAACCAGAGACUGACCGCGGCUGCUGAGGAGAUCUUCGGGCUGUUUGAGAGGACGAUAGCCGAGUACGAGGAGGAGAUCGGCCGCCAGCGCAGGCUGCUGCAGGAGGCUGUGAAGACCCACAACAACACGGGAGUGUUCCCUACAAAUGUGAAGAAGGUCACAGUGAUUAAAGAGGUUACCCCUGGGCAGGAUCAGUGGAGCACCAGUCUGGACCAGGAGGACCCAGAUCCAUCACUCAUUAAAGAGGAAGAGGACCAACUCAGGACCAAUCAGGUGGAAAAGCAGCUUCAAGGACUGGAGGAGGCUAACACCAAGUUCCCGCUCUCUUCUUCUUCUUCACUCCCUGUGAACAGUGAAAAUGACGAUGAUGAAGGGAAAGCUCAGUCCUCACGGUUUGAUCAAAGCCAAACUGAGGAGAACAGAGAGGUAGAGCACUUGCAAACAGAAGCUGGUGGGGGAUCAGAGCCAGAUAGACAUUUACAACCAGAUAAUGAGACUCCAAUUUUCUCAGAGACUGAAGACAGUAUCAAACCUCAGCUUAAAGGUUUAAAUGCUCUGAAGAACAGUGCAAGCCAUGUGGGAUAUAAUGCAGUUAACAAAUCUGUUGACUGCUCUGAAUGUGGUGAACGAUUAAACGGUAAAGACCAUCUACAGAUCCACAUGAAAUGUCAUACGGGAGAAAAAACAUUUGCGUGCCCCUUCUGUGGUAAAAAAUUUACCAAAAAAUCAAAUCUUACCACACACUUAAGAGUUCAUACGGGAGAGAAGCCGUUCACCUGUUCGGUCUGCAACACCAGUUUUAGUCUGCGUUGCACGUUGGUGAAUCACAUGAGAGUCCACACCGGGGAGAAACCAUUUAGCUGCUCAGUUUGUAGUAAAAGAUUCUCAAAAAAGGCUAAUUUGACCACACACAUGGCGCUCCACACCGAGGAGAAACCAUUCAAAUGCAGCUCUUGUGACAAAAGGUUCACUUGGCAUUCCCAAGUCAGAAACCAUAAGUGUGCUGUUGACGGCAGCAGGUGAAGGUGGUGAGCGGCUGGAGAGUCACAUCAUUAGCCCCUGUUACACGACCCGGUAACGGCAGGAAUGCUGCUCCGUUAUUCUGCCUCGCCGCUCUGUAUCAAAGAGUAUGAGCACAGAAUUUGGGGGGGGGGGGGGGCGCCUUUUAUACUGUCAGUGGAGGUAGAGCCGGAUUGAUGCUGUGUUACACGUCACGCCUCUGAUUCCUGAACAAUGUCAUAUGAUCUAAAAUCACACACUUGUGCGGCUUUGUUUGGUGCAGUGUAAACAAGCAAAGGCGACAUGGUAACAACGAGGGGUGUUCUUAACAGCAAUAUAGCGUGAUCUCUGUAUAAAAGAGGAUGAUGACAGAGCGCCCCCAGGCCUACAAACAAAGAGUGGCCUGAGGUAACAGAAGGACACGUUUCAAUGGAUGUUUUUUUUUUUAAUUAUUAUUGUUAUUAGGCGUUGGACUGAAAGUCACCAGCUGCUUGGUAAUGUAAUAGUCCACAUUUUCCUGCACCUUUUACACACUGUACAGAUCAAUCGACCGGCCAGGACAUGGAGCUCAAACUGAACAUCAGAUGUCAAAUGAUAAUUCCAAUAAAGUUUAUUGAAACAAGAUAGCUGUUUCCUCAGUGAUGACAAAAAGCGUUACUUUGUCCAGUUCUACUAUAAACAGAGAGUAAGAAGACAAGAAAGAUCAUAUAGAAGAUAAAUGACCAAAUCUGGCCCGUUGCUGGGCCACAUGCUUGUUUUCUUUUGGCUCAGUCUGCACUUGGUUCCAUGGCCCAAAUCUCGCCCAUGUACAGCGUGAUUGUCAGAUGCUACUUCCACAUCUGGACCAAUUCUGGCGCACACACACAGAAAAUCUUCCGGAUGUCAGUCAAUACCGGAGAACAACAGCCGGAGUCUGCCCAUAUGCGGAAGUAUAUGGGCCAGACGCGGGCCGAGGAACCAGGCGUAUGUUGGCCUAGAAGUUUCAUUUUUCUUCCUUUCUAACCUUCAGCUGCUUUCCCUCCACUCCCACAUUUAACCACGCACUCAUUCAAAAGACUAAAACACCCCUCACUUUACUGUUUGUCUUACAUGUGUAAAUGUACUGUAAAAAGCCUUAAUACUGUUGCACACCCACGGUACACUCAAUGAUGGAAGAGUCAUGCAUUCAAAUUUUACUUGUGUUAAAGUACACAAGUAUUAGCAUAAAAUAACAGUUAAAGCUAAAGCAGUACAUUCAUAUAACAUUCAUGGCUCUACUUUGCAGAUUAAACGUUUAUAUUAAAGUAAACACUCAGUUGUCAGUUUAUGAGAAACACCCAGCAGAAACUAAAUCCUCCUUCAUGAAGGCUCUCGUGUUCAGUUCGUGUUGAAAUAGUUUUAGGGAAGUGUUGGUUCGACUGUGAUCACUCUGGAGGAUGUACUCUGUAGACAGAGAGAGAGAGAGAUAUCUUACAUACAUGAUGGCCCUCUGACAGCAUCACUUUCUACUCUAUCUCACACGCUAUCUGUCGCAGGUCGGAAACCACAUCUCCACUUUCCGCUUAUUUGACUCUGUAAGGCAUCCUGGGGAGGUUUGUAUGAGUGGGUCCCUCUUCUGUUUCUAUUUUAAAAAUGUGCACGGUGACACACAUUUACCACAAUACACUUUCCUACCACUGGUGCCAUGCCCUUCCGCCUAUUGACAGUUGGUGGUGGCAACAUAAAAGGAAGCUUAGCAAUGCGUUUGCAGAGGCCGUGAAGAAGAAGGCUGCUAAGAAGCAACGGUGAAUGUAAACAAUCCUACGGUGGGAGCUCAACGCACUGCAACUUAAGGACACCAACAACAUCAGAAAACAUCUUCAUCAAUUUGACAACAAGUGCUGUAAAUAUUCACAUCAAAACCAAAAACACAAACGCACUGCAAAUACUCACAACACAGUGUGUCCCAGUGCGUUCAUCACUUUUUAAAUUUUGCAUAUAGUGUAAUAUGGUGAGUUUUUUAUUAUAGUUUUAUGACACAAUCGGCAGACAAGAAUAGAUGCUGCCAGGCUGCAGAGAGUGAGUUGUGAGCUUGAUGUCUUAGAAACGUAUUUUCAUCCAGGUAUUCUUCUUACUCAUUACAGAAUCUACAUAAUAAUUGUUCAAUGUCCAACAUGUGAAGUUGGUUUUUUAGUAGCAGUAAUUUCUGGAGAAACAAGAAAAGAACAAGAAAACAAAAGUCCAAAUAAGAAAAUAAAAGUCUUUAAAAAAAGCAACACAAAGAAAAUGUGUCGCGAUAAUGGUUUUUUUUUUUUCUGCUUUCCUGUUGUGUUUAUCAGAUUUAUGUAGACGCUGCCUUCCUGUCUGUCUGGUAUCAGUAUUAUUAUUCACUUCCACAGACCCUUAGGGACCGACAGCACAUGACAUUAUCUGAUUUUAGGUGGGGUUUUAGGUGUUUCAUGUUAGUUUCCUCUCUGCUGACAAAUGAAGUGACACUUUAACACUCUUUAACACUUCAACACAUGUGGCAGCAGGGUAUGCAGUGGCGGUACAAUCUGAGAUUUAAUUUUGAUUCUCUGUGGUCACUAUUUUCAGGCACUGAAUAUUAUGCAUGCUUUACUAUGUAAUUUGUCUUUGCAUUAUCCCUCAAUAUCGUCCUAAUGUGAACUGAGGUUUAUUUUGUUUGCUGUUACAGUGCAGCCUGCCACUGUCUACUGCUUUGUUACUGCUUUGCUGUAGAAAAGAUUUUGCUUUUGUCUCCCCCUGCUGUCCUGGACAGGAACAACACCCCUCUUUUCUGACACUAGUGUCUGAACAUGAACAAAAUUUAAACAAGCAAAGUUUUCUUUAAGGUGUUUCUCAGGUUUAAUCUUUUUGUGAUUAAUUUUAGUUGUUUUUUUCUAUUUUAUUUUAUUGAUUUGCACAGUUAACAAGUAUCAAAUACACUGGUUAAAAAUGAUUACAGGAAAUAAAAAGAAAAAAAUGUAAAAUAAUUCAGAAAACACAUUUGAAAGAAAAUAGAUGAUAAAUAGAUGCACGAUAUAUAUAUAUAUAUAUAUAUA